AGGACACGAGAGUGAAGGAGGCAAUCUCUGCAGCGCCUGGAUUUGGGGAGGACAUCAGCAUGGCCAGCAGCUACCCUAAGCCGGAGGAGAAGACAUUGCAGAUCCUUCGGGAUGCUGCCAAUCGCCUUCGGAUUCACUCCAUCCGCGCCACCUGCGCCUCAAACUCUGGCCACCCCACGUCCUGCUGCAGUGCGGCCGAGAUCAUGUCUGCGCUCUUCUUCCACACCAUGCGCUACAAGCCGGACCAGCCAGGCCACCGCAGCAACGACCGCUUCGUGCUCUCCAAGGGCCAUGCUGCUCCUGUGCUCUACGCUGCCUGGGCUGAGGCCGGCUACCUCAACGAGUCCGAUCUGCUGAAACUGAGGAAAAUCGACUGCGACCUGGAAGGCCACCCAACCCCGAGGCUGCCUUUUGUGGACGUGGCCACUGGCUCACUGGGACAAGGCCUGGGAGCUGCCUGUGGCAUGGCCUACACUGGGAAAUACUUUGACAAGGCCAGUUACCGCGUGUACUGCCUGCUGGGCGACGGCGAGAGCUCAGAGGGCUCGGUCUGGGAAGGUCUGGCCUUUGGCUCCCAGUACCAGCUGGACAACCUGGUGGCCAUCUUCGAUGUCAACCGGCUGGGGCAGAGUGAGGCCGCCCCCCUGCGCCAUGACAUGGAGGUCUACCGCAAACGCUGCGAGGCCUUCGGGUGGAAUACGUACGUUGUGGAUGGGCAUAAGGUGGAGGAGUUGUGCCAAGCCCUGUGGCAGGCCAGCCAGCAGAAGGGGAAGCCCACGGCCAUCGUGGCCAAAACCUUCAAAGGGCGAGGAAUUGCAGGUGUGGAAGAUGCGGACAACUGGCAUGGGAAGCCCAUGCCCAAGGAGAAAAUGGAGUCCAUCAUCAACGCUCUCCAGGGCCAAAUGCCGGCCAAUAAAGUUUAUACCAUCCUGCCGCCAGCCGGAGACGUAGCCCAGGUCACCACUGAGGAGAUCAAGAUGCCGUCUCCACCCGCUUUCAAAAUAGGAGAAAAGAUGGCCACUCGCAAGGCCUACGGCUUAGCCCUGGCCAAGCUGGGCAGCGCCAGCCCUCGCGUGGUGGCGCUGGAUGGCGACACGAAGAACUCGACGUUUGCCGAGCUGUUCAAGCAAGCCCACCCAGAGCGCUACAUCGAGUGCUUCAUCGCCGAGCAGAACAUGGUCAGUGUGGCCCUUGGCUGUGCCGCCAGGAACCGCAUGAUCCCCUUUGCCAGCUCCUUCGCGGCGUUCUUCACCCGGGCGUUCGACCACAUCCGGAUGGCGGCCAUUUCCCACGCCAACAUCAAGCUGUGUGGGUCCCACUGUGGGGUUUCCAUCGGUGAGGACGGACCUUCUCAGAUGGCCUUGGAGGACAUCGCCAUGUUCAGGACCAUUCCGGGCUGCACCGUCUUCUACCCGAGCGACGCUGUGUCCACUGAGCAUGCUGUCCUUCUGGCUGCAAACACCAAGGGGAUAUGCUUCAUUCGAACCAGCCGCCCAGAGACUCCUGUCCUCUACUCUCAGGACGAAAAGUUCGGGAUUGGCCAUGCCAAGGUUGUGCGUAAGAACGAUGCGGACAAGGUGACUGUCAUUGGGGCAGGAGUCACCCUCCACGAGGCCCUCACAGCUGCUGAUGAACUGGCCAAGCAAGGCACCCACAUCCGGGUCAUCGACCCCUUUACAAUCAAGCCCUUGGAUGCUGCAACCAUCAUCUCCAAUGCCAGAGCCACCGGAGGCCGAAUCAUCACCGUGGAGGACCACUACAAGGAAGGAGGUCUUGGCGAGGCUGUGGCGGCGGCUGUCUCCGGAGAACCUGGCAUCUUGGUCCAGAGCCUGGCGGUGUCGGCCGUGCCGCGCAGCGGGAAGCCCAGCGAGCUCCUGGAUGCGUUUGGGAUCAGCGCCAAGCAUAUUGUGACCGCCGUGAAGAGCACUUUUGCCAACUGAUUCCCCUUGUCUGCCUUGAGGCUGGUGGGGAGGGCGGUGGAGUUUGGAGAGAGGUUGUUUCUGAAGAGCCAAAAGUGUCUCCCCAAACACACCCUUGUCUGACUUCUCCGUCCCAGUUUUGACAGACAUGCUGCUAGCAUUUCCUUUUGACCUUGUGCUGAGUGCGAAUGGAGCUUUUAACUGACCAAAUGACCGUCCUGUCCCUGUUUCCCCUCCAUCCCCAAGCCAUUCUAUUUGCUCUCAAACUUCUCUAGGCCCAAAAAGUGUCCCGGUUGUCCUAUUGGAACAAUAAAUAGUGCUUGUCUUAACUUGAACCUUUUUACCCUUGUGCCUGACGCCUAACUUCUGUGGCUGUUGUUUUCUCGAGCCUGACAUUCCAUGGGCAGCUUGGGUAGAGAUUCCUACCAGGAAAGGUUACUGACACAUGAGUAAAUGUUGACUGCGGAAACGCAUAUAGCUCUGACAAAAAGAUCCGUUUAUGAAUUCUGUUGUCUUAGUCGGAAACGGAAAGGGCCGUUUCCCUGUUUUUCCUUGUACUGUAACUGCUAUCCACAAACAGUGUUCACCCAGCGAGUCAAUAAAAAACAAAAGUGCUCA